AUGAUGUCAAUAUCAGCAGCAAUGAGGUUAGUGAUUCACGGCUUUAUAGCUAUGGGUUUGUACUCUGGCUACCGGUACUAUUCUUGGCGCGACAUAUCGUCGUCUACCUCGCUGACGACGACUGGCUCGCACACGCACGGCUCGCUCGGACCUGGCGCGUCUCUUGCGGAUGGUCGCACUGCGAUUUCACGUCGGACCGUUGCGGUUGCUGACUUGCACGGCGAUCUCGACCACGCGCUCAACGUGCUCUCGAUGGCCUCGAUCGUUUCGCGCACUCGCAGCGCAGACCACGCAUACACGUGGAUCGGAGGGCACGACACGCUUGUCUCCACCGGCGACAUUGUUGAUCGUGGCGACGACACGAUUGCGCUGUACCGCCUGUUUGUCUCUCUCCGUCAACAGGCUCGACUUGCCGGUGGAGAGGUAAAGAAUUGUCUGGGCAAUCACGAGGUGAUGAAUGCGAUCGGUGAUUGGCGGUACGUUACCAAGGCGGAUGUGGAAAGUUUCGGUGGAGUGCAAGCGCGUCGACAUGCCAUGUCUGAUCAAGGCUGGAUUGGUCAGGAGUGGUUGCACAACUACAAUGUAACGCAUACGAUCUCCUUGUUGCCCGAAACGCAUCCGGCUCUUCCGCCCAACUACACGCCACCGCGCGUGAGCUUCGUCCACGGAGGAAUCACUCCGCAGUACGCCGCACUCGGAAUCGACUUUAUCAACACUGUCGGUCACUCGUUGCUCCUCAAAGGUCUCUCUUCCCAGCCCAAUUCGUGGCUACCCCCCAAUACCACGUCGGACGAGCAAGCCUUGUGGUCCGAACACGGUCCACUCUGGUACCGCGGCUACGCAACCGACCGCCUCUCGCACGCUUGCGCCAACGCCGAGAAAGCAACAAAGUCUCUCGCCGUAAACCAGCUCGUAAUGGGCCACACCCCGCAUUUCGACGGCUUCGUCACCAGAUGCAACAACACCAUCCUCCUCAUCGAUACAGGCAUCUCCCGCGCUUACGGCGGUCAACAAAGCGCCCUCAUCAUCGACUUUGACCUCAUCCCCAUAGACAAAGUUCGUCCAGACGGAACAAAACUCUGGAUCCAAAAACAAUCUCUCACCGCUCUGUACAAAGCUAGACCCCCAAAGAUCCUCUCCCAAACACAGUCAGAUUCGUGGCAUUAA